AUCGAAAAAUCGGAAAAGCAGAGAAGAAAAUGGGAGAGGAAAAGGGCAAGCUUGAAUCUAUCAGGGAAUGGAUCGUCGAGCACAAGCUUCGUACUGUUGGGAGUUUAUGGGCAAGUGGGAUUGUGGGAUCGAUGGCUUAUAAUUGGUCUCAACCCAAUAUGAAAACCAGCGUCAAGAUUAUUCAUGCUAGGUUGCAUGCUCAAGCACUCACUCUUGCAGCAUUAGCUGGGGCUGCGGUUGUUGAGUAUUAUGAUCAUAAAACGGGGGCAAAAGCGGAAAGAGUAGCCAAGUUUCUGGACCUGAAUGACCAGCCACAUAGGGAUUAAAUCCCCUUUUUUUCGAGCUGAAAUUCGGAAAAUUGCUUCCAACUUUCACUUUCUCGAAGAUGAAGAUUAUGAAAUCUGCUUCGAAAUUUAGUUCCAAUAUGCGUGAAUUUUGUUUAGUGUGUCAAUAAAUUUUAUGUCAUUUUAGUGCUUGAUACUCUUCAGGUUAAAUAAUUGGGUUUUUCUUUUUUUU